AUGUCGGGAGUUGCACUGUUCGUCAAGAAAGCAAUCGAUGCCGAUCCCGACAUAGUCGGCAAGGCCGUGAGAGAACAGUUCGAAAAGCUUAUUCGAGAACCACUGUCAAAAGCAGCAGCAAUGCCAUCCACUCCAUUUUCGGUCGUAAUGAUCAUUGAUGCUCUGGACGAGUGCGAGCGGGAGGCCGAUGUUAGGUCGCUGGUCAACAUUCUCUCGCAAACACAAAUUCACCGCCCUCGCCUUAAGGUUUUGUUAACCAGCAGGCCGGAACUUCCAGUUCGGCUGGGGUUCGGCGAGAUUCAAGGCACCUACAAAUAUUUUGUUCUGCACGAAAUACCUGUGCAAACUGUUGAGCACGACAUAUCGGCUUUUCUCGCUCAUGAGUUUCGAAAGAUUCGAGAUAGCUUCAACAUGACCGUGGGGGAUGAGCGAAAGCUACCAUCCGAUUGGCCAGGGCAGCAAACGUUGCAAGACCUGACGCAGAUGGCUGUGCCACUCUUCAUCUUCGCGAUGACCAUUUGUCGGUUCAUCAGCGACCGCAGAUGGAAUCCUCAAACACGGUUGCAAAAGGUGCUAGACCAAGGAAACAAGAGUCAGGGGUCUCAACUUGACCAAACCUAUGGGCCGAUCUUGCGCUCACAAAUAACCGAAGUCUCGCAAGCUGACAGAGAGGAGAUCAUCAAAGACUUUAGGGAAAUCGUUGGCAGUAUCGUUACCCUUGCAAGUCCUCUGUCCGUAACGGCCCUAUCGCGACUGCUUGACGUCUCGCCUGAUGUUGUGGAUGAAAGGUUGGAAGUACUCCAUUCAGUUUUGAGCAUCCCGCUCAAACGUACAUUGCCCGUGCGGUUGCUGCAUUUGUCAUUUCGAGAUUAUCUUGUCACGGAGAAGAGUGACUUCUGGGUGGAUGAGAGACUCACUCACCGGAACCUGGCAAAACACUGUUUACGACUUAUGCGAGGGGCUCUGCGUGAGAACAUAUGCGGCCUGUCUUUCCCAGGUAUGCGUCGAUCUGUGGUGGCUGGUGCACGACUCGAGGAAGGCAUACCCCCACAGCUUCAAUAUGCAUGUAUGUACUGGGUCCAUCAUCAGACCAAGGUCGAUUUUAAGCCGAAUGACAGCCACGAGGUUUACGAUUUUCUGAAAAUACACUUUCUUCAUUGGGUAGAGGCGCUGAGCAUGAUGGGCCGAGCCGGAGAAAGCCUUGACUCAAUCAGGUCGUUGAUUGAUUGGCUAGAGGCAAGCCAUUUCCAUAGCUUGAAGUUUGGGCCGCCGCUGAGUUUUGUUAGGACCGAAGCGAUUCGAGCCUAUUCAGGUUUCUGGCUGAUGCCGUUCGAUUCCUUCAGGGGCAUCUCUCUGUGA